AUGGAUCGCAACCGAGUUAUGAAACUUGAGAUGCUUCUCAAAACUGUUUGUCAAGCAGUCCUGGCAGCGAAGAUGAAUCGGGAGAUCGUGCCAGCACAAACUAAGCGUUUCGCGCAGAUUGAUGACGAUACUCUAUUUGAAUUAAAACGCGAGUUAGUGGAGAUGGGGUUCGGCGGUGAAGAUGGUACAAUGAUCUUUGAAGAGCUGGGCUUUCAGCAAGCUGCCGAGGGGAACACUCUCCCAACGUCUGAACACGAAAAGGCUCUCGAUGAAGUAGUCGGAAGACAAGAGACAACAGGCAACCUUACUGGGAGUUCCGGUGUGAACAAAUCAGUAUUUGAUGUUGCUACGGGUGGAGGAAAAGAAACAGGCGUGCCAUCCACCUUGGGGAAAGACGACCUCUCACUUCGUGAAGAUGUGGGUCGAGAUAGCGAAGACGACGAAGAGGAAUGCUGGAAUUGCUCUGAAAUCCACCCUCUUUCCGAAAUGGAGGAAGUGAAGGUGAUUCACGAGUAA